AUGAUGAUGUUCUAUUACCCCAUGUUGAGCACCCGAAAUCCUAGGAUGCAGGGGAUUCCUUCCAGGCUGUGGAGGAAUCUUGGAGACCCCCUUCCCACAGAAAGCCGGCUCAUGAACAGCUGUCUCCAGGCCAGGAGGAAGUGCCAGGCUGAUCCCAUUUGCAGUGCUGCCUACCGCCACCUGGAUUCCUGCACCUCUAGCAUAAGCACCCCACUGCCCUCAGAGGAGCCUUCAGUCCCUGCGGACUGCCUGGAGGCAGCACAGCAACUCAGGAACAGCUCUCUGAUAGGCUGCAUGUGCCACCGGCGCAUGAAGAACCAGGUUGCCUGCUUGGACAUCUAUUGGACCGUUCACCGUGCCCGCAGCCUUGGUAACUAUGAGCUGGAUGUCUCCCCCUAUGAAGACACAGUGACCAGCAAACCCUGGAAAAUGAAUCUCAGCAAACUGAACAUGCUCAAACCAGACUCAGACCUCUGCCUCAAGUUUGCCAUGCUGUGUACUCUAAAUGACAAGUGUGACCGGCUGCGCAAGGCCUACGGGGAGGCGUGCUCUGGGCCCCACUGCCAGCGCCACGUCUGCCUCAGGCAGCUGCUCACUUUCUUCGAGAAGGCCGCCGAGCCUCAUGCGCAAGGCCUGCUACUGUGCCCAUGUGCCCCCAACGACCGGGGCUGCGGGGAGCGCCGGCGCAACACCAUCGCCCCCAGCUGCGCGCUGCCACCUGUGGCCCCCAACUGCCUGGAUCUGCGGCGCCUCUGCUUCUCUGACCCGCUUUGCAGAUCACGCCUGGUGGAUUUCCAGGCCCACUGCCAUCCCAUGGACAUCCUAGGAACUUGUGCAACAGAGCAGUCCAGAUGUCUACGAGCAUACCUGGGGCUGAUUGGGACUGCCAUGACCCCCAACUUUGUCAGCAAUGUCAACACCAGUGUUGCCUUAAGCUGCACCUGUCGAGGCAGUGGCAACCUGCAGGAGGAGUGUGAACAGCUGGAAGGGUUCUUCUCCCACAACCCUUGCCUCACGGAGGCCAUUGCAGCUAAGAUGCGUUUUCACAGCCAGCUCUUCUACCAGGACUGGCCACACCCUACCUUUGCUGUGAUGGCACACCAGAAUGAAAACCGUGCUCUGAGGUCACAACCCUGGGCGCCCUCUCUUUUCUCCUGCACGCUUCCCUUGAUUCUGCUCCUGAGCCUAUGGUAGCUGGACUUCCCUAGGGCCCUCUUCCCCUCCACCACAUCCAGCCAGACUUGCAGCCCACAAGGCGUUAGGAAAGGACAGCAGCAGAAAGAGGUGCAGUGCACAGAUGAGGGCACAGGAGAAGCUAACGGUUAUGACCUCCAGAUCCUUAUUGGUCUGGUCCUCAUUCCCUCCACCCCGUCUCCACUUCUGAUUCAUGCUGCCCCUCCUUGGUGACCACAAUUUAGCCAUAUCAUCCGGUGGUGACCAGCUCCACCAAGCCCCUUUCUAAGCCCUUCCUCUUGACUACCAGGAUCACCAGAAUCUAAUAAGUUAGCCAUUCUCUAUUGCAUUCCAGGUUAGGGUUAGGGUAGGCAGGACUGGGUGUUCUGAGGUAGCCUAGAAAGACAUUAUCCUUUGUGAGGAAGGUUCCUGCCCACUCAUCUCCUCCUCUGAAUGGUGGAUGGAAACCUACUGCCUGCACUGCCCUGUCCCCGGAUCCUGCAGAACAUCUGGGCAUCAGGAGCUGGAGCCUAUGGGCCUUGCUUUAUUCCUAUUAUUGUCCUAAAAUCCCUCUGGGCUCUUGGAUCAUGAUUAAACCUUUGACUUAA